AUGACAUUCAGUCUUAAAAAUGAACUUGAGGUGGUUCUUCCGAAAGGAGUAUCGUACCAGGUGUUAAAUCUUCAGUCGCGUCUUAAGGAGAGUAAAUGCAUAAUCCAUCACCAUAAGGCUGAUCAUAUACAUAGUUACAAAAGUGUGCAUUUUAUUGUAUUAUUACACGAAAACAAGCCUUUACUAGCACUUGAGGUUUAUGUUUAUUUGGAUGUGCCAAACGAUCAAAGUCAAAUUCUAAGAACAGUUUAUAUCUCGAAAGCUGAUACUUCAGGAUUGCAGAACCAAAAACUAUCUGUGGGAAGAAUUGUGCAAUGCUUUUUGGGAUGGAUCUGCAGUAGGUCGAUAACAAGUUACUUUGAAUCCAUGGAUAUUCCAUUGAUAAUUGACCAUCAUGCCAACAUAAGCAAAGAACAUUCACCUUUUAUGUCAGAAACGGAUAGAAGACUACACAUUUUAAUUGAGAGGUCUAAGGGGGAUAAGAACUAUGGGAUGCCAAAAAUAACAAAAAAAUCAGGCUUUUACCCAAAUGAGGAUCUUUUCACAGAUAUAUCGAAGCACACGACAAGGCUCAUUCUGUUUACGAGAUCUGAGAAGCAGUAUCUAUUUCCGAACUCCUCUAAAAACCAAGGAAAGCACAUCUUAACUGACAGUCAGCUUUUAAAAUGGUGGAUGAAAAAUGUGGAGCAGAUCAUGGGAAACAAUAAGGUUUUUGCCAGAAUGGGGAAAAAGAGAAUCAAUGUUUUGAAUGCCGACAAAUUUGAAGUUUCUAGAUACAUACCAUCCGGCAGUAAAGAGUGGAAAAUUGGUGAUAUUUAUACGGAUAAGUCAAAUUUGCAUGAUGCGGCAGUAUACCAUAUUCCCUUAUUGCCUGAUGAUCCGAAAGGACGUUUUCUGGAACAUUUGGUUGUGGAAAAUCGUAUAAAUAAAGUCAGAAUGAAACAGUUUUGGACUGAGUUAUCAGUCAGACAGGAGUUUAGACUUGGUAUUACUGUCGGAUUAAUCGGUAUAGAAGGUGAGUCUCGUGAAUACAGCAUGGACAAUAAUAAUGACGAUAUGCUUAUUCUGUUUAAGAGAAGUGAAUUUAACAAGAUUAAGGAAUUAUUCGUUGAUAUCGACUAUUCGGAUCCUGUUGAUUACUUACGCAUAAAAGAAGGACUAAAGGAACGGAAAAUAAUUCUUCCAGUUGUCAAAGGUCAGUUUGAUUUCACAACUCUCAGACAAAAAGAGAAAUACAUCCAUGUUCAAACACUUACACCCCAUACUUUAACUGUUCGAAAUAAGCGGAGAAUAAAUCCGGUUGUUGUUAAUGAUAUUGGAAGCCUUGUGAAAAGAAAGCGGUCUUAA